AAGGCCCGUGGGUGGGGAAGAAAAAAAAGAACCACCACCGCGGCCCAUUUAUAAACCGGGUGCAUGCUCCUCCUCCCUCAGCUCAGCUCGCCAUUUGCGCUCGCACAGCUGCUGCUCAAGCUCCCCUCGCCUCAGCAACGGCCUUGUUCCAGUCCAACCCCUUCUCCGUGCGCCGCCGGCACGGUGAGGAGAGGGGCUUGGCUUGCCGGGGGUUCGAUCAUCGCAUACGGCUUCAGAGCUGAAACGGAGGCGUCAACGCGAUGCAGGGAGGCCACGGCUACGGCGCCUACGGUUACGGCGCCGUGGGCGGGUACGUCUACGACGCCGGCGCGUACGCCCCCGCGGGCGGGUACUACCCCGACGGCGGGUACCCGUCGGCGCCGGCCUACGACGAAGCGCUCGCCGCGCCCGGCCGUUGGGCGCACGACAUCCCGGCGCCGCCCGGCGGGCUCGAGCUGGAGCCGUCGGAGGCGUGCCCCAAGAACUACGUCGUCUUCGACCAGACGAGCGCCCACAGCCGGGUCAUGUUCCACCCCUCCCUGGCGCGCAAGCUCGGGGCGCCGCCGGAGUCGUCGUACGGCGGCGCCGGCGCGUGCACCGCGGACGCAGACGACGACGGAUGCUCGCGGGUGCGGCCGGAGGAGGACCCGGAGGAGAUUGACGCGCUGCUGAGCCUGAGCUCGGAGGACGACGCGGCGAGCACGGCGCGCUCCGCGGGCAGCGGACGGGACGACGGGAGCUCCGCGGACUCGGCGUGCUCGUCCGGCGCCGGCGGCAAGAAGAAGGCGCGGAUCAAGAAGAUGAUGCGGGCGCUCAAGGGCAUCGUCCCCGGCGCCAAGCAGAAGGACGCGCCGGCCGCGCUGGACGAGGCCGUCUGGUACCUCAGGUCGCUCAAGGUGGAGGCGGCGAAGAAGCUGGGUGCGCGCGGCUCCGGCAGCUAGCCGGGCCGGUGCGCCGAUCGCCGACAGGCACCAGUCGAUGGCGUCGGCACGGGCACGAGGCGGCGGCAGCCAUGAUCUUGCCCAACUCCUUUUGCUCGAUCGCAGCGGCAGGCCGCAGCGGAGGUGUUGAUGAUUGCGUCGUGUGCUGCUCAUGAUGGCGAUGGCGACGAUGAUGGUGGCGCGUCCCCUGUUCCUUCGCUGUGAUCAUCGUGUUCGUUCGUGUCCGGUGUUGUCGGGGUCGGCACGGCACAAAGCUACCGGGCUGGCUGCCUUUUGCCUCCGCCGUGCCGAUCGAGUAUUCUGCCCCUUUUGUCUCGUGCUAGCGCGCAAUAGUAGCAACCUGAUGAUGCAUGCUUUCUCUCUAAAUGACAGCACUCUAAACAAACGCUGUACUUCCGAAUGCAUGCCUCCCUCUUAAAUCUUGACUGCAACCUUGAUUAGGGCGUCGAUGGUUGUUUAUCUAUACGAGCUUUGUUUUGACAUAAUUACUGACCAA